AUGAAUAACGAUUUCGAUGAGUCGACCUUUGCAAAUUCAGGCCAAAUCGACGAAUUGCAAUCAGAAAUCGACCACACCAAUGAAAGGUGGGAAAAUGUUAUUUUUAUGAAUUUUUGAGGUGGAAAAAUCCUCAAAAAAUCUAUUUUUUGCAAUUUUUAUGACGUAGAAUUAACGAAAAAGUUCAUUUUUUGCGGUUUUAUAGCCGAAAAAUUUCUAAAAAUCGAUUUUUGAUGAUUUUCGGAAUAAAAAAUUUUUAAAAAUCAAUAUUUCUGGCUAUUUUUCGAAAAAAACUUGAGUCUUUUCUGCGAUUUCCAAGCCUACAGCAGCUUCAGCAAUACCGCAAAUAAAUUUUCAGCGACUCAGCCGUCCGCCGCAAAGACAAAUGGGACCCGAAUCUGGACGAUCUCCAGUUCUGGGAGCUCCUGGGAAGCGGCGCUUACGGCGACGUUUUCAAAGCCUUCAACACGAAGGAAGAGAAAUCCUGCGCUGUGAAGGUCCUGCGAAUCCCAAUGAGCAUGGUUGACCAUCAGAAGCGCGAGAUCCGCGCCUUAGGCAGGCUAUAUCAUCCAAAUAUUGUGGAGCUGCACUGUGCGUCGAUUGUGAAAAGAUCGAUUCUGAUCAUGGUGAUGCCGCUUCUGUGGGGAUUGGAGGAUGUCAUUGAGGAGGUGAAAUUGGCAAAGUGAGUUGAGAAAAAUCGAGUUUUUGAUGGAAAAUAAAAUUAAUUUUUUUUGAUUUUUUAUUUUUUUUUAAUUUUCUUAUAUUUUUUUGAUUUAUUUUUUUUUAUUUGCCUAAAUUUUCCGAUAAUUUUUUUUACAAAAAUUUUAAAAAAAUUUAAUUUUUUUUUGAUUUUUUAUGUUUCUUUUAUUUUCAUAAAUUAAACGCAAUUUGGAAAUAAAAAAAUUAAAAAAUUUUUUGAUUUUUUUGAAUUUUUUGAUUUUUUUUAUAAUUUUUUGUUUUUUAGUUUUCAUUUUUCAGAGCUCACAACGAAUUCGAUUGUGUAUCCGAAGCGACUUGCCGUCAGCUCAUAAAGCAGCUCCUAGAAGGCAUUGGAUUCAUGCAUAAGAAAGGAAUUGCCCAUCGUGAUUUGAAAGUCGCCAACCUCCUACUAGACAAUCACGGUGUCCUCAAAAUCGCCGACUUUGGAGUAUGCCAUGAAUUCGAAAUCAGUGACAGUGAAAAGACAGGAGAACUCUAUACUUUUUGCGGAAGUGAGGUCUACAUGGCGCCGGAGGUUUUCUUCAAAUUUUUUGAUGACAAUUCAAUCGAAGAGCAGCCAUAUAGUAUCAGAUCGGAGAGUUGGUCCGUUGGAAUUAUUCUUCUGGAAUUGAGAGUUGGCCAAGUCCCGUUUUGGAAUAUUUUGAAGCAAACGAACAAGUACAAGAUGCUGGAGUAUUCGCUGAAAAAGUUUUUGAAGUCGGUGAGUAAAAAGUUUUUUGGCGAUGGGACCAGAAAGGUUUAUGAAAUAAUUCGCCGAUUUUUCGGUGAAAAAAUUGAUUCUUUUGUGGAAAACUUUACAAAAGACAAAAAAAAUUAAAAACUUUUUUUGAUUUUUUUGCCAUCUAAAUUAAAAUUUUUACAGAAAAAACUUUAAAAAUGUUUCCCCAAUUUUCGAAAAAAUCGAUUUUUUGUGGAAAAAUUCAAAAAGCCAAAAAAAACUUUUUUUUGAAUUUUCGGAAUUUUUGGCUAUGUUUUUGCCAGAACGCUUCAAAUUUUUAUUCCACCCAAAUUUUAUCAAAUUUGGCCACAAAAAUUUUCCCAAAAAAUUUUCUUUCAAUUCUCCAAAAAUUUCCACAUUUUAGCCCUAUUUCGACUUCAACAUCCUCUAUCCAAUGGGCGAGCAUACCGAACGGAAUUUCUUUUCAACAGAGGCGUUGACUUUCCUAAAGAAAUGUCUCCAUUGUAAGGCUGAAAACCGCCCGGUUGCCAAGGAUUUGUUGGCCACGGAUCCGUGGAUCAAUACGCCGGAUUCGCUUGGGAUUCAUCGGAUCAAACGGGAGAUUCUGAAGAGCGGUGAGGGGUUGGGAAAAGGGUUAUUUGAAAUUUUAGAGUAUUUGGAGAGCGUUGAGAUCAUGGAUCGUUAUGGGAAUCAAGAAUCUAUGGCUGAAUUUGAGUCUAUAAGCAGGAAAUUGCCGGCAAAUCGUGUCAUUGUCACCGUUAUGGUCAAAAGCCCGAAUACUGUGGGUUUUUUAGGAUUCUGGAGGAAAAUAAAAAAUUUUCGAAAACAUUUUUUUGAAAUUUUUGAAAAAAAAAUUAAAAAUAUUUUUUUAAAAUUUUAAAAAUUUUUUCCAGGCAAAUCAAAUGCGAGUAAUCCGCUUUCUCGUGGACCUCCAAAAGCGUUCCUACUCCACAAGAGCGAUCGAAAAGACGGCCAGAGGAAAGAUCCUACCGUUUUGUAGACGCAAAAUCAUUGGGUGAGCUUUUUGCAACUAAAAAAUUUAAAAAUUUUUCUGCCGUAUCAAUGGCCUAACCAUCCUUUUUCAGUGGUCACGAUUACAUCCGUCUUACGCUAAAAGUUGUGACGGCUUGUAGAAGAUUUUCGAGAACAGAGGAUGCAAAGCUUGUUUACGAAAUCUUUUCACUCUCUGGACUUUCUCGGUCCGCGAACUCGGUCACAUUGGAGGGAAUGGCACUUGUUUUGAUCAAUCGAAGUCUUCGCAGUACCGAGAAAAUCCUGCAAUCACCAAUUCCGGGGGUCGAUGUGAGAUCCGGGGAGGUUUCGCGAAAAGAAUUCAAAAUCAUGAGGGCCAAGGCUUUGAGGGACUUGGGAAUUGAUCGGUGAGUGGUAUAUACGCAUGUAUUAUUUAUAUAGUAAUAUAAAUUGAAAAAAAAAUCCAUUUUUUUAAUUGGAAUUUGGUCAAUUUGACCGUUCAUGGUUGUCAAUCUGACCGAGUAGAUGCUGAAAAUGUUUGGUCGCAUCGGUAACAGCUACCAAUCAUAUUGACCUGACCAUUCCAGCUAAUUAUAUGACUAAUUUGCCCGGUAACACGGCCGAUUUGCCCGGUCGAAUUGGUCAAAUGGCAAGCUCUCUAAAGAAAUAUUUUGUGCUUGCCUUGAUCAAUAUGACAGUUGGCAAGCUCGGUCAGAUUGGGCAAAACACUGUUGAACGGGCAAAUUCAAAUUUUUUAAGAUUUCUUGUUAACAUUGUUCAGUGGAAAAAAACGUACCAUUUUCAUCCGGGAAGCAUGAAAAAUGUGGCAAAAUGCUUCCCUCUCCAAGUGAAAAAACUUCGUUUUGAAGGUCCUUCACAAAAAGAGCGGGCGCGUUUUUGAAACCGUAGUUUUUUCACUUGGAGAGGGAAGCAUUUUGCCACAUUUUUGAUCCUUCCCGGGUGCAAAAUGGUACGUUUUUUCCACUGGAUCAGGUCCCCCACUGUAGCUCCCAUUUUCAGUGACGAUAUUCCUUCUCAAGCCUCGUCCGACACACUUUUAUCCUCGGCCAGAUCCGCCGUGGGAUCAGAAGUUACUGGUCCAAGUGGUCCAGAUCUUCCUGAAAUCGAGGAUAGUGGAACUGUGCAUAAAAAGAAGCUCUUCAAAGGCAUGCUUCCGAAUCGUCCGUUUGGAUUUCAUCGAGUUUUGAAGUUUAAUCACAGCAAUGCUCCCGACAAGAAGUAG